AUGGAUGAGCACCAGAAGAAGCUCAGCCAAAGGCACGAGGGAAGGCCCCGCAAAGUGAGGUUCAAAAUAUCAUCAGCCUACAGCGGUCGAGUGCUAAAACAAGUCUACGAGGACGGGCAGGAGCUGGAGCCCCCAGCCAAAGAGCAGUCUCGGCGUUUCCUCCGGCACAGCUUUGAGCCGGGGAACCGUCCCUGCGCGGCGGGGGACGCGGCAGAAGGCAGGCUGUGCCCGCCAGCCAAGCUGAGUGCCCAGCGGAUCAGCAUAUUCAAAGAGGAUAAGAAAUACAGCCUCGCCAGCACCUCGCCUCUCUUCAGCGACUGCCCCUCGAGUGACGGCCACUGCAGGGCUUCCCCAAUCAUAGAUUUUGGCAAGAUCAUCAUCUACACAAAUAACCUGAAAAUCAUCCGUGCACCAAUGGACCAGAAAGAGCUCAUGAGAAGAAUCAUCCAGACUGAGGGAAUAAAUGACUGGGCCUUCAUAUACCAGGAAAGGAAAGACAGAAUUGGCACUGGACAUAAAAAAGAGGUGGAGAAAAAGGUUGCCUGCAACCAGUACAUGCAGGAAGGCGAUGCUGAACACACUUGUUCCCAGUGUAAAGGAUCAGGCUCUGCUCCUUGCUCGCUGUGCCAUGGAAGCAAGUUUUCAAUGCUAGCAAACAGAUUCAGAGAGUCCUACAGGGCUCUCCGAUGCCCAGCUUGCAAUGAAAGCGGCCUGCAGCCCUGCCCGAUCUGUGCUGCAUGA